AUGGAAUGGGAGCGACGAAUUAAGCACCUGUUUCGUAAUAUGCUCGAGUUAGAGAAACUGAUGUGGACACUAUCAACAUUAGGCGGUGCUUAUUCAGCAAUGGGCGAUUUCGACAAAAAGUUUGCGGAAACGGCUGCGAAAAUAUCUCAAAAGCAGUUAGAAAUUGCUUCAAAGUUCGGCGAUCCCAACAUUUUAGCAAGAUGUCUUCUCUACGUUGCUCUUGCCGAAGCUCAAAUGGGUCGGUUUGGAAAGGCAGUAAAAAUUGUCAGAUAUAUCUAUAAUUGGGCAAAAACUCAGACAGACGCUGAGUUAGUCGUUCGUUGCUCUCAAGUUACGCUCACUGUGAAUAAUUUUCAUUUGAAUAUCACCAAUGAUACCCUUCAAGUGUUUCUACCAGAUGAUAUGCAAAGCUUAAGAGAUCUAAAAGAGUUGAUGAACCUGUUUCCGCCAAAAGAUGCGCAAAGAGACACAUACAGUAUAUUCGGAACCAAAUUCGUUUACACGGUCAUCGAAGAAACGAAUUCCGACAAUAUUUUGACGAGUCAAGGGAUUGCCAAAAUGGCAAGACUUCAUCGAUUUGUAACAGGGCUUUCCACCACAAAUGGGGAGACAUUGACAUCGGUUUGUCUAAAAUCGAAUAUGGAAGAUGGGUGUACGAUUCAUCCGAUCGCAUUCGCAUUGGAAGAUGAGUCGCCGGAAUUCGCAGUUCAAUUUUUAUUGCGCUAUCCGAUUCUAAAAUUUGGUGACUUCACUGUUGACAAUGCAUUGAUGUAUGGAGGCGUGAAAGUCGACAAUAAGAGUUUAGACAGCUACGGUAACGCGCCAAUCAUCUCAUCGAAGGCUGUCCGUCUGACAUACAUUCUAGAAUCGACGCAGGCCGCUGAAAGAUGGAUUGACACGUUUCUCCACGAAAUCCAAUUCUACAGUGAUGUGAAUACAAGUGUUUUGUGGUCGUCUUCGAAAAGUUUGGCGAAGGAAAUGGAGCGCAAUGGUGAACUUCUGAUUCCUUGGAUGCCUUGGACUUCAUUGGUUCUUGUCGCCUUCUGCAUGUUGGCUUGCUCAUCGUUCGACACUGUCAAAUCGCAACCGUUUAUCGGGUUUUUCGCCAUGUUCAAUGCCGUAAUGGCCACUGUGGCAUCGACAUCUCUUUUGAUCUACAUACAGUACUCAUUCCUACCAUUAGUAUUCAUCAUGCCAUUCCUUGUCGUUUCCAUCGGCACCGAUAAUAUGUUCCUAAUGCUGAAAAGCUGGCGAAUGACAAAGGAAGGAAUCGAUGAAGAGCAGAGGUACAUUGAUGCGCUCACCGAAUCGGCAGCCUCGUUGUUUCUGACGUCGCUGACCGACGGAUUGUCUUUUGCGAUCGGAAGCAUUUCCGAUUUUCAUGCAGUUCGCGUUUUCUGCACAUAUUGCGCAAUGGCGAUCCUCUUCAUGUUCCUAUUUCAAGUCACAUUUUUCAAUGCGGUCAUGUCGCUUUGCUGUCGCCGUCAGACGGCCAAUAAGCACCCAAUUUUCUGUUGUUAUGAGGCCAAACCUGCAAAAGAAUCGCCGAUUCUCAAUAAUCAUCGUAAUACGAAGAAACGACAAACUAAUUGGUCGUUGGCGAGGCUUUUAGCACGAAUUCUGAAUCCUUGGUAUUCUAGAAUAAUUGUCCUGAUGAUAUUCCUCGGUUAUUUAAUUAUUUCAAUUCAUUAUGCUUUAGCUCUUCCUCUUGGCCUUGACCUCAAACUUUUGGCUCCUGAUGAUUCUUACGUCUCAAAAGAGCUCGAAGCUCAAGAGCGCCUAUUUUCGGAUUACGGUGGAUAUUGUUUCGCCGUCGUGCGAACUAUCAACGUUUCGCUUCAACAUCCCGAAGUUCGACGAGACCUCGUGCACCUUUAUAAACAAUUAGGAAUGUCGGAGUACGCUUCGCGGGCCGAGUUCUGGCUCGAAGACUUCGAGAUGAAGCAUCGAAUGAAGCGAAUGGAUUUUGAAGCAUUCGCGGACGAACUACACACAUUUCUGUCGAGAGAACACAAUUUGAAAUAUCGAAACGAUAUUCGUUUCACGCUGCGCGGCGAAAUUGAAGCAAUGAAAAUGAUGUUUCGAAUAAGAAAACUCGGCAAAGAAAAUGAUGGUCCGAGGGCAAAAUACAUGAGAAAAGUGAUGGUUGAGAGUCGAUUUCCGGGGUUUGUCUAUGACACAAGCUUCCUAUUAGUUGACCAGCAGAUGACAACAGUUUAUAAUGUGAUAAUUGAUGUAAUUUCGGCAAUUCUCACAAUGCUCGCAAUUUGUGUUCUAAUGGUGCCCCGUCCCGUUUCGGCGAUGUGUAUCGCUCUCGCCAUCUUGUCAGUGAAUAUCGGUGUAAUCGGCGCGCUGUCAGCCUCGAAUACCCGUCUGGAUAUCAUCUCGAUGAUCACGAUCGUAAUGAGCGUCGGAUUCUCUGUCGAUUACGUCACCCACACCACAUUCCAUUAUGUCAUCACUCGGGAUAAUCGAUUAGAAAAAUGUCUUCUCGUUAUGACUGAGCCAAUUCUUCAAUCGGCUCUGUCAACCGCCAUCGGUGUUUCCCUUCUCUCAUUCGUCAAUUCCUACAUUGUCCGAACGUUUGUGAACACCGUGUUUUUCGUCGUAGGACUUGGAAUUCUUCACGGCCUCAUUUUUCUUCCGGUCCUCCUCGACACCAUCGUUCCCGACUCCGAAUUCAUGGAACCUUAUGAAACAAAUCACGAUAAUCAUAUGGAAGAGGGUCCGAUUUAUGAGUAUCCUUAUGGUUUAAGAAAUGAAAACAAAUGA